GAACUCGCCGGCUGAUGACACUGCGGAAGUGUCAUGGCGCCGCGCGUCAUGCCGCGUCACAGCCUGCUCUAGCCUAAAACAACUUGUAAUGACUCUUCUCUCACUCGUUAGGACGUGAUAUUGGAUCCAGACAUCCCAGUAAAUCGCAACGAUGGCUGAUUCAGGCUCCGGGGACCCCAGCGGUCAACGUGUGCCGACCCCUGGAGGGAGCGGUCGGGGCCUGCUGAUGGGCCGUCGACCUCCUGCUGCCAUGUCGACCGGCCGUCUCCCCUCCAUGCGCUCGAGAGACCUCACACUGGGAGGAGUAAAGAAGAAAACCUUUACACCCAACAUUAUUGGCAGGAAAGUCAAAGAAGAGACGAAAGCAGAAGGCGGACCGAGGAGAGACAGGAGGGAAGGUGGUCGAGGCCGCGGCCCCAGAGAUAGAGGCCGGGGCAGAGGCCGCCCGGAGGUCAUACAGUCCCACUCUAUUUUUGAGCAGGGCCCGGCUGAGAUGAUGAUGAAAAAGAAAGGUGGCUAUGAAAAUGAGAGAGAAGCUCCCAGCAUGGGACCCUCACCCAUCAUCAAUAUUAAAAAGGAAAAGCGAGAGACGGAGGAAGAGACCAAAGAGAUACUUGCCAAGCUGGAGCGGGAUACUUUUAUAGACGACCCCUUCCUGAGGAGCGAGCGCAGGAGCUGCCCUGUCCAGCUUCCUCUUGCUGUAUCGGGUUGGGGAUUCACGGAGGAAUUUAGUAAAGAUGCUGUUAAAAUUAAGAAGGAGGAAGAGGAGGAGGAGGAUGGUGAACCCAUGGAACAUGCAGUUGAAGUGAAACAGGAGCCGGUGGAAACGGAAAUUAAGAAGUCAGAAGGAGCUUUCAGGCCCCCUCCUCUCCCUGAGCCCGAAGUUCUCCCCGAGCUGCUGCAUCGAUGGAGUCUGAACAAAGGGGAGGAGCUCUUCUUCAUGCAGAUGCCCGACACGCUGCCCGGCCAGCCCCCGACUCAGGAGCACAGGCCCGUGAAGACGGAGGUGCAGUCAGAGGACGGACAGUCUGUGCUUCUGAAAACCGAAUCUCUGGAGGAUGAACCUGAAGACAGCCACUGCAAUCUGAAAGAUUUGCGGGAGGGUCUCGUGGGGAAAAUGUUGGUGCGGAGGUCCGGCCGGGUCCAGCUCAUACUGGGACAAGUGACACUCGAUGUGUCUCUAGGAGCAUCAUGCUCUUUUCUACAGGAGUUGGUCUCUAUUGGUACUGAGGGAAGAACAGGCAACUUGACUGUAUUAGGGAAUGUCAAACACAAAAUGGUUUGCUCCCCGGACUUUGAGGCUCUGCUGGAGAGCAGUGCUUGAUGCUUGAGAUGACUGAAUCCCCUGGAUGCACUUCUGGUGGAAUGUGAUGUUGACAAGAUGCUCACUUUUACUACGGACCGCUGGACCCUGACAUCAAGUAAAAGGAUCAUGGAUGUUAACUGUGCUCCUGUGAUUCCAUGAAGGCUAUAAUAUGAUGAACAAAAUGAAAAUACACUAUAAAUAUAAAACGCAAUUGAGUUUUACCUUCUUCUAUUGGAAUAGUUCUGUUAAUUCAGGAUUCAAGGUUGAAUGUUGUGCCAAAUUUCAGUUCCAUCUGUAACUGAGAUUACUUGAAAAGACUGUACAUGAGUGUAAAUGUGCAAAUAAAAAGGUUUUUU